AAAUUAAUAGAUAUUGACAUAGAAAACUGAUCUGAAGAAACAAUGCUUAUUAAAUAGGUAAUGAUGAAUGUACAAGAAAAAAAAUAGGGAGCAGUAAGAAAUGAUUUACCGUGUCGUUUUUGUAUGAACGAAAACUAUUUCAAGUCGAGUUUUUAGUCAAUAAAUGUGAUGUCAAAAUGUAUUUUCCAAUUGGAUGGCCAAAAGUUUUGAGGAAUCUGGGUUCAGAUUCUCAGGCAUUUAAGCAAAUCGUAUCUAAUAGAGAUAAAAUACUUUUUGCCUCAUUGAGCGAUGAAUCUUUUGUAGUAUGGUUCUGUAAGCCCAGCGUCUCAAUUGUUUAUCACAAGCGCAGUGCAGAGUCUUUACAAAGACUUGGUAUUAACGUGGGUGUGGAAUGGAAACCAGAUUCAUCUAUGAUAUGUAUUUCGACUUCAGAAGGCCAUUUAAUUUUAUACAAUGUGGAGGUACAAAGUGACCAGCCGGCGUACCAACAAUUUGAUCCACCUACAGCAAGUUUAAGGAGAGAUUCAGCUGAACUAUUUAUUAAGGAAUUCAUACCCUCCUUGAGAAUAACAUUGUUUAAAGAGAUCCUAGUUUGGGAUGGUCAGAUAACUCGAAUGUGUUGUAUAUCGGGGACUGAAAUACUUGUGUGUACAACUCGAGCGCAUCUGCUAAGGUACAGAUGGGACGGAUCGCAGAAUAGAGAUUAUUGCCUCGAUUUGGGACGGAUACCGUUUUCAAUUAAUCAACAAGUCUCGAAAGCUGAACCAAUAUUAGAAGACAAUACACAUGUGAAUGACAUUGAAUAUUCACCGCUUGUGUGUGGGUUUGGUAUAACAUUAAAUGAUGGUCGAGCAGCUUACCUCACAGCACCAAAUCUUAAAUUUGACCCUAAUGCAGUACAAGGAAUAUGGGCGCAAGGAAUAGACGAUGCAACUUGUGCGCGAGUGAAUCAUAAAUUUAGAUUAAUAGCAAUCGGAAGGAAGAAUUCUCAAGUGGAUGUAUUUACGAUAGAUGAAGCGACGGGUGGGCUCGAAUUAUCUCAUACUAUGGUACUCAGUUCUAAAGACUUUCCUGGUGAUCUUGGACCAGUGAAAUGUAUGAGAUGGACAGGCGACGGUCGAGCAGUGGCCGUGAGCUGGGAGCGAGGCGGUCUCUCAGUUUGGAGCACAUUUGGAGCGUUGCUAAUGUGUUCCUUAGCGUGGGACUAUGGUCUCAACCAGGAUCUGGCCAGCCAUAACCCACUUGUUAUUGCUAGCAUGGAAUGGGCUACAGAGGGCUAUCAAUUGUGGAUGGUGAAAAUGGAAGAAGAUUCAAAGUCAAGUCUUAUUCAAAUGGACUUUGUAAAGAGUCCACUUAGUGUAAAUCCUUGUAUGAGCAACCAAAGACACCUCUACUUACAAGCAGAUGACAAAUUAUAUGUCAACCUAGAAGACAAUCUCACUCGUCGUACAAAGAUUUCCAUAAUAGAUUCAUCUUCAGAUGCUUAUCAAGAGAAUGGCCAAGAACAGUCUGUCAAUCCUCAGCAAGAAAUAGUGAAUAGUGCAAAGUAUAAGGAGUUUGUUGAUGACAAUGAAUGUAGGAAGCAAUGGAUUGUCAUACAGUUACCGGCCACGUAUAUAGCUAGUAAUUGGCCGUUGAGGUACAGCGCGAUAGACGAGGCGGGCGAGACGAUAUGCGUGGCGGGGCGCACCGGCCUCGCGCACUACAGCCGCGCGGCGAGGCGCUGGAAGCUGUUCGGCAACGAGGCGCAGGAGAAGGACUUCGUGGUCACCGGCGGCAUGCUCUGCUGGCGGGACUAUGUCGUAGUGGGAUGCUACAGCAUCCUCGACGGGCACGACGAAGUCCGUUUCUACGCGCGCGACGCGAAACUAGACAAUCGUUUCGCGAAGAUCGUGCGCGUGCAGUCGCAGGUGUUCGUGCUGGACAUGCUCGGGGACCAGCUCGUCGUGUUCGGUGCUGAUGCUCUCGUUACCAUAUAUGAGCUGACCUGUUUGGAUAAUAACGGCAACAUCGAGCUGCGGUGCGUGCAAGCGGUGGACGUGUCCGCGCUAUCGCACCCCGCGUGCGUCGUGUCAGCGUCACUGUGCCGCCUGCACGACGCGCCGCCGCACGCGCGCUCCGCCCGCACCGCGCCGCUCUCCGCGCCCGACUCGCUGGUUAUAAAUGCAAGCGGGAAGCUGAUGAUGGUGCAGAGAGAAGAAUACGAUGUUGAUGAAGACAACAACCCAGCUUACAGUUGCCUCCCAGCUACAGUGCUAGCUUCCUGCGUGGAAAGUGUCUGGUCAUCCAACAACAGUGGUACUCAAACGCAACUAUCACGUGCGUUAUGGCUCUGGUGCGGUUCGCUAGGCGCGCGUGUGUGGCUGCCCUUAUUGCCGCGGGAUGCUUCCAGACGACCCGACCCGUCUAGGCACACCUUUAUGGCCAAGCGGAUCAUGCUGCCGUUCCACCUGAAUAUCUAUCCAUUGACGAUUCUAUUUGACGAUGCCAUAUUGUUGGGAGCUGAAAACGACACGACGCUCUACACGUCGGACACUAAUUCAGUAUUCUCGCUGCCAUUCUGCGUCAUCAAUAGGACGAGCCAAGUAUACCUCCACCAGAUCCUGCGCCAACUCCUGCGCAGGAAUCUCGGCUACCACGCGUGGGAGAUCGCACGCUCUUGCUCCGCGCUGCCUUACUUCCCGCACUCGCUUGAAUUGUUGCUUCAUGAGGUGUUAGAGGAAGAGGCAACAAGUAAGGAGCCAAUCCCUGACGCGCAGCUGCCAAGCGUUAUAGAGUUUGUACAUGAAUUCCCUGUGUACUUACAGACGGUAGUACAAUGCGCAAGAAAAACAGAGAUAGCUCUAUGGGCGUAUCUGUUCUCGGCAGCGGGCAAACCGAAGGAAUUAUUUCAGGAGUGCUUGCAAAGGAAAAUGUUGGACACCGCUGCUUCUUAUCUUAUCAUCUUACAGAAUCUAGAAAGUUCGACAGUAAGUAGGCAACUAGCCACACAGUUGUUGGAUACAGCAUUACAGCAAGAGAGAUGGGAUUUAGCGAGAGAUUUGGUGCGAUUUUUAAGAGCUAUUGAUCCAAAUGAUGUGGAUUCACCAAGAAAUUCAGUGAAUGUGCAAACGAAAUAUGGACAAGUUGUACAAUCACAAACUGUCAGUCCAAACGCAGAAGAUUUGUCUGUGAUAUUAGGGAGUAUGCAGCUGUCAGGCGCGCGCGGACGCAGCUUCAGCACGACGGCGGCGCCGCGCGAGCCGUCCCCGCCGGGCGCGCCCGUCGCGCCGCCCGCGCCGCGCCGCGCCGCGCCCGCUGCCGUCAAGCGGAAGAAGUCCGUGCCCGCGAGGAGUGAUAAAGAGUCAUACAACGGUACCGCAGAGGAGUUCUUCAUAGACAUGAUGAUCCAACGUCACGCUCGGCUCCUGCUCUCUACAGCGCGUUUAGUGUCUUUAGGUCGUCUAGCUGCAGCGCUGGAUUUGCACUUGGUGGCUUGGUUGGCCGGUGAAAGGGAAAGGGCAGCGAGGGUUGACAGCGCUGUGGUGUGCUUGAAGCGGCUACAUGAGGACUUUAAUUGGCCCUACCCGACGGCUACGGAGGACGCGUACGUGCAAAGGAAGAGCAGUGUUGUGCAUAGUACAUACAGCACCUCAGUGGAGGGUGGCAGCCAAUGCGGCGAUAGCGGGUACAUGAGCCUCUCGCUUCGUGCCGCAUUGCCGCUCGCUGGAGUGCCACGUUCACCUGGACCUGUUAGUUCGUUGGGGUCGGGCAGCGUGGCGGAGGGCGGGGGCGUGGCGUGGGGCGAGGCGGAGGGCGAGGAGCGGCGCUACGCCGCGCUCAUGGAGCGCCUGCACCUGCACCAGGCCGAGCGCGGCGACCACGGCGCGCACGUGCAGCUCAGAUACUACCUGCAGCUAAUGACGGAGGCCUGCUGCGUGGAGUGGGCGCUGGUGGUGGCGGUGGCGCUGCGUGACGCGCUCGCGGUGCUGCGCUGCGCCAACGCGGCGCGCGCGCACGACGUCAGCCUGCCCGCCGCGCGCCGGUUACGUAAUGCGUUAGCUGACCUCACGCGCUGGGCGGACGAGGAGUGCAUCGGCUACAAACCGUUCAUGCUAGCGAUCAGCAACCAGAUACCAUUUCUGACGUCGAUCAUCAACGCGCGCGAACGUCGCAUGUCCAUGGUUCAGACUCGAGUGCGUACACCCAGUACGGGCUCACUUAACGCAGAACCGAAACAGGCACAGGAACCAAAACUGCCGCCACCACAAAAGGCUCAAGAAGUUAAGUCAGUUAGGAAAGAUUCACCGGUAACGAUGCCAGAACCAGCAGUAACUAAUACCCUACAGGAAAAGGAACAAACGCACGAUGACACUUCGUCUAACUGUGCCAUAAUGUAAACAUAUCGAUUUGUAAUAAUAAAUUGGAAACCAUGGUUGAUUGUGAAUUUAUUUAUAUGUAGUGGGAGGAGUGUUUUCGUGAUAUUUAUUUUGGUAAAUUGUCAGUGCUCAUAAAUGACUAAAUUGUAAUAUAUUUCGCAGCAAAACGACGCGUUUGGUACAAUUGAGAGAUUAUUAUAAUGCAAAUACAAAUUUAGACCUUCAAGAAUUGGAAUAAUUAUAUUAUGUAUAGUAACAUUAUGUUGCAUUUUAACCGUAUCGGCAUGAUACAUCAUUUGAUGUUGAUAUGGUUAUAUGUGACAUAAAGAUAUCUUUUUUAUUCUAAUGUAUUUGAUAUCUUUUU